AUGCCUGUGGCUAUUAUGACAGGUGCCAAUAGCGGCAUUGGCUUUAGCAUCAGCAAGGAGUUGGCUCGCAACGGCUACAAAGUGUAUGCCACUGAUAUCAAACUGGACAAGGUUGAAGAACUAUCCCAAACGGAUGAAUUCAAGGACAAAAUCGUGCCCUAUCUGUGUGAUGUUGCUCAAUUGGAAAGUGUCUUGAAGCUGAAGGAGAAAAUUGUCGCUGACGAAGGCAAAUUGGACCUUUUGUACAAUAAUGCUGGUAUUGCAUGUAGCACCUCGGCCAUCGACGCUUCGGACGAGAUCUUCAUGAAAGCCUUUCAAAUCAAUUUUUUCGGAGCUGUCAGACUUACCAGAGAAUUCUCCAGAUUGCUGAUUGCUUCCAAAGGAACCAUAUGCUUCACUUCCUCUGUGACCGGUAUCAUUCCCUUCCCAAUUGGCUCGAUGUACUGUUCGUCGAAGGCAGCCUUGACGCAAUAUGCCGCAACGGUCCACAUGGAACUGGCUCCUCUGGGGGUCAAGGUGAUGAACUUUAUAACUGGUGCUAUUGACACUGGGAUCAUGGACCGGUCCCCUCUGCCCGAAGGUUCCAUUUUCGACACGCCCGAGGGAAAUGAAGCCAUCAGGUGUAGAAGAAGCAUCGUCAACGAUACCAACCCUACCAAGCCUGAGGAUUAUGCAAAACAGGUGGUUGCUGAUAUUCUAAAGGGAGAUAUCUAUGGAAUUCAUUACUACAGAGGAAAGGGCGCAAAGAUGUUGACGGCUGCUUACUACUCGCUUCCGGUUUGGUUGAGAGAGAGCUAUUUGCUGAAGAAAUACAAGUUCGAUGCGUUCUACUCUAGUUUCCUGAAGGCUGAGGAAAGUGCAUAA